AUGCACAGCUUGCCGAAAACUUGGGUCAUAGUAGCCCUGGUGGCACUAUGGUCUAACAUUUGCACAGCCUUUUACUUGCCCGGUGUGGCGCCGAAGGAUUAUGCUAUGGAAGAUCCUGUAGCACUUUACGUCAACAGCUUAACGCCCAUGUCCAACCAGCAAGUCAAGUCCAUUAUCUCGUACGACUAUUACUAUGAAAAGCUUCAUUUUUGCGAACCGGAAGGCGGUCCACAAAAGCAAUCAGAAAGCCUGGGCAGCAUUCUUUUUGGUGAUCGUAUUUUCACUUCGCCCUUUGAGCUUCGUAUGGCUAGCAACGAAACCUGCCAGUUAUUGUGCGAAACCAAGCCCAUCCCGAAGGAAGAUGCUCAGUUCAUCAAUCAGCUCAUUACGGACGACUAUGGAAUCAAUUGGGUAAUUGAUGGCUUGCCAGCUGCACACGAGAACACAGAUGACCACACUGGCGAAAAGUACUACAACAUUGGUUUCAGCCUCGGCUACACCAACGGUGACAAGGCGAUGCUCAACAACCACUAUAACAUCUAUAUCUAUUUCCAUGAUCGUCCCGGAGGCUUCCGCCGCGUUGUCGGUGUCGUCGUGUUUCCCGCAAGCAAGGACACCAAGUUGGAUAAGAACAAGAAUCCUGUCUGCGACAAGAAGGAUUUGGCAUUUAGUUUGAAGGAGGAUGGCAAGUCCAAGGUUGUCUACACCUAUAGCGUCACUUGGUUGCCAUCAAACACUGCUUGGGCCACUCGAUGGGAUAACUACUUGCAUAUUCUUGAUCCUUCGAUUCACUGGUUCUCCCUUGUCAACUCGAUUGUCAUUGUGCUGUUCUUGACCGGCAUGGUUGGCAUGAUUUUGCUCCGUGCAUUGCACAAGGAUAUCUCUCGCUACAACGCUGUUGAGGCUCAGGAGGAUGUCCAGGAAGAUUAUGGCUGGAAGUUGGUCCAUGGUGAUGUUUUCCGCCCACCAACCCAGUUGAUGAUGCUGUCUGUUCUUGUUGGUAGCGGUACCCAAUUGAUUGCCAUGACAGCGCUGACCCUUGUGUUCGCUGUUCUCGGUUUCCUUUCGCCAUCGAAUCGUGGUUCGCUUGCUACUGUCAUGAUCAUUUUCUUCAUGGUUUUUGGCUGCAUUGCCGGUUUCGUGUCAGCUCGCACAUAUAAGAUGAAUGGCGGUGAGGCAUGGAAGUCGAACGUGGCUUUGACUGCUGUUUUCUUCCCUGGUUUGAUCCUCGGUUCUUUGUUUGCUCUCAACUUUUUCUUGAUCGCCUCGGAUUCAUCCGGAGCCGUUCCGUUUGGCACCAUGGUCGCCGUACUUGGCUUGUACGCCAUCAUCUCCUUCCCGCUCAGCGUUGCUGGUUCCUACUUUGGAUUCCGUAAGCCCAGAAUCGAAGCGCCCGUUCGCACCAACCAGAUCCCUCGCCAAAUCCCUGACCAGCCAUUCUACCUUCGCCCUAUCCCUUCAAUCUUUAUGGGUGGUAUCUUACCAUUCGGUGCCAUCUUUAUUGAAUUAUACUUCAUCAUGAACAGCAUCUGGUUCCACCGCAUUUACUAUGGCAUCGGUUUCUUGUUCCUCGUCUUUGGCGUCCUGCUUCUGACCUGCUCCCAAGUCACCAUCCUCAUGUGCUAUUUCCACUUGUGCAAUGAAGAUUACCAUUGGUCAUGGCGCUCAUUCUUGACUGCCGGUGCCUGUGGCUUCUACGUCUUCUUGUACUCCAUUCUUUACUACCUCACCAAACUCGAUAUCAACAGCUUCACGAGUACUGUACUUUACCUUGGGUACUCUGCCAUUAUUAGUAUAUUGUUGACGGUCUUGACUGGUGCUGUCGGUUACUUGGCAUGUCUUUUCUUCUUGCGCAAGAUUUUUGGCAGCAUUAAGGUCGAUUAA